AUGGAGACGGGAGGACAAAGGCGCAGAUGGGACUACUGGUGGAUGGCGUUGCAUUUCUCGUUGCUGCUCUGUUUCAGGGACCGUGUAUCGGCACAGAUCAAAUACUCGAUUCAAGAGGAAGCGAAAGCGGGCUCGGUUGUGGGCAACAUUGCUAAGGAUUUGGGUUUGGAUAUCAGUUCUUUGGUGAACAGGCGAUUUCGUAUCGUCUCUGGCUCCAAGGACGCUCUUUUCCAGGUAAAUCAGAACACUGGCGUGUUAUACGUGGAUAAUACUGUCGACCGAGAGGAAUUAUGUGAUGACAGUGGCGCUUGUUCCAUAAACCUGAAAAUAGUAGUAGAAAACCCUCUAGAGAUACAUUAUGUGGCAGUUGAAAUUACAGAUGUGAACGAUAAUUUCCCAUCUUUCCACGAAAAAGAGCAAUUUUUAGAGAUGGCAGAAAACACGAUGACAGGGAGACGCUUUGAACUACAAACAGCUCGGGAUCUUGAUGUAGGUAUCAAUUCGGUGCGUUACUAUAAAUUAGAUCCAAAUGACUAUUUUGAUUUAGAACUAAGUGACAGUGGUUACGGGGAUAAGAGUCCACAUUUGGUAUUAAAAAAACCUCUGGACAGGGAGAAAAGUGACAAACACAUAUUGUUAUUGACUGCGCUAGACGGUGGAAAUCCACCUAAAUCUGGCACUCUUAAUAUUACUGUUACUGUUUUAGAUACAAAUGAUAAUCGCCCAGUUUGUAGCCAAGAGACACAUUCAGUCACGCUAGAAGAGAAUGUCCCUAAUGGAACUAUUGUCACUAUUGUCAAUGCAACCGAUUUAGACGAUGGUGUAAACGGACAGGUGGAAUAUAGCUUUGGCAGAGUGGUAAAACAUAAAAUACAAGAUAUGUUUCAACUAGACAAACUUACAGGCGAAAUACGAGUUACAGGUAAAGUAGACUUCGAAGAGAAUGCAAUGUACAGACUAAGUAUUAGGGCAUCUGAUAAAGGCCAACCCUCUCUGGAUAGCGACUGCAAGGUUAUCGUCACAGUUGUAGACUUGAACGAUAAUAAACCGGAAAUAGAGGUGACAUCACUCUCUAACUUAGUGUCGGAAGAUUCGAAACCCGGGACUGUCAUUUCUCUCAUUAGUGUAACAGACAAAGACUCUGGCGUCAAUGGAAAAGUACACUGUAAUAUUCCAGAAAACCUGCCUUUUGAGCUGAAACCAUCUGUACAGAACAAUAUGUACUCUUUAGUAAUCAAACAGAGGCUAGAUCGUGAACUUGAAUCUCAUUACGAUAUUACUAUAACAGCGACAGAUUUAGGUCAACCACCUCUGUCAACAACAGAAACUUUGACCAUAGAAGUUUCAGAUGUGAAUGAUAACAGACCCGAGUUUGCUGAGAAUCCACUUGAGUUAUAUUUGCGAGAAAACAACUCACCUGGUGCGUCCAUUUUAUCUGUUAGUGCAUCAGAUAAAGACUUAAAUGAAAAUGCAGCAAUUAUUUAUCACAUUGUCCGAGGCGAGGGAACGCAAAAUGAUCAGUCCUCUUUUCUUAACAUCAACUCUGAAACAGGAAGUGUCCAUGCACUGAAGAGUUUUGACUUUGAAACUAUUAAGAAAUUCAAAUUCCACGUGAUAGCCACGGACUCUGGAACCCCUGCCCUUAGCAAUAACGUUACUGUGAACGUAUUUGUUCUGGAUGAUAAUGACAAUGCUCCCGUGAUCUUAUCUCCCGUGAGUGCUAACGGAUCCGCCGAGGGUGUGGAGGAAAUUCCUCGAAAUGCGAUGGCGGGACAUGUGGUGACUAAAAUACGGGCCUACGACGCAGACAUUGGAUAUAACGGUUGGCUACUAUUUUCACUUCACGAAGUUUCCGAUCACACGCUGUUUGUUCUGGAUCGUUACACUGGACAAAUACGAACUCUUCGCUCAUUCACAGAAACAGACGAAUCAGAGCAUAAACUCGUUGUACUUGUCAAAGACAAUGGAAACGUGUCUCUCUCAGCCACUGCGACUGUGAUCAUCAAAGUUGUGGAACCUAAAGAGGCUUUUGCAGCCUCUGAUAUGAACAGUGUUGUAAAAGAUGACGAAGAAAACGGGGUCACAUUUUACUUAAUAAUAACUCUUGCUGCGGUUUCAACGCUAUUUCUUAUAAGCAUUAUCGUGCUAGUUGCCAUGCAAUGUUCAAAGUCUACGGACUAUUCAUCAAAGUAUUUACAAGACCCUAACUACGACGGCACGCUGUGCCACAGCAUUCAGUACAGAUCUGGUGAUAAAAGAUACAUGCUGGUUGGACCCAGAAUGAGUAUCGGUUCUACUAUAGUUCCUGGCAGCAAUGGGAAUACUCUGGUUGUACCUGAUCGAAGAAGGAGGGCUUCUGAAGAGACGUAA